CCCCCGCACAAAAAGCGCUCGUCCCGAUCUCAUCUCCGAUCUCCCUGCCGCCGACUCUUCCUAGCCGCUGCCCACGUACGAACUCGUUCGGUGCCGCCGCCGCCGUACGAGGGGAGACACCGCUGCCGCGUCUCCAGGGCAGGACGGCUUGAAUUCCUAUCACCGGGAUCGCCCCCGCCGAACUCCGGGCCAUGGCGAGAUCCAGCAGGCCGUGGCGGCGAUCAGCACCGGGACAGGACCAGGAGGCCGCCGGCGUCUCCCUGAUCCGUGACCCCGAUGCCAUGGAGCUGCUCGUCAAGGUUCGACGCGCGGUUGCUGCUGGAGCGGCUGCGCAACAAGAGGCUGAUCUUCGUGGGGGACUCCUGAACCAGAACCAGUGGGAGUCGACGGUGUGCCUGGUGUCGUCGGCGAUCCCGUCGCGCGACCAAAAGUCCCUGGCCAAGCUCGUGGGGCCCAACGGCUCUCUCAACGUGUUCACCGCAGCGGAGUACAACGCGACGGUGGAGUUCUACUGGGCGCCGUUCCUGGUGAGCUCCAACUCGGACGACCCCCAGGCGCACAGCGUGGUGGACCGCGUCAUCGCCUGGCUGUCCAUCGCCAAGCACACCCGGCACUGGCGCGCCGCCCACUUCCUCAUCUUCAACACCUACAUCUGGUGGCUCAACAACUUCGAGAUGAAAGUGUUGAAGAAUCCUCGGGCGUUGCCGGACAAGUACACGCUGGUGGAUCGGCCGGUGGCGUACAAGGAGGUGCUCAAGACGUGGGCAAAUUGGGUGGACCGCGGCGGAGGAGACGAGAGAAGGCCACCGUAGAAGACCGCAGGCGGAGGAGAGGAGACGCGGGUGAGGUAAGAGGAGUCAAAUCCCCAUCCCGCGCCUCCCCACACGCCGCCGACCCACCCGCGGCAUUCUUUCCGGUGUGCCAGGGGAAACAACAGCAAGAUGGUGGUGCGGGUCUUCGGGUAUGGGUCCCUGAUCUGGAACCUCGGCUUCGAUUUCGACGAGAAGAUCCUGGGAUUCAUCAAGGGCUGCAAGCGAACGUUUAAUCUCGGCACCUAGAGUCGCGCGGCGACGUCACCGUCCUCCUCUUCCACAUCGUCCUCGGCUGCAAGUUCAUCGCCUCUCAACGAGACCGGCAAAGCCAAGCUCAUCGGCCUCUCAGUUCAGAGCAACGUCCAGGCAAGCCGUUCGUCCUGUUUCCUCUCUUCAUCACAGUUGCUCUUCCGUGAGAAUGGUGCUAUGAUGAUGAUUGCCUAUUUGCUUUGGUGUGGGUUCAUCGGGUGGAGGAGCAGAAGAAGCUAGACGUGCCCUCCGAUGAGGUGUUGGUCAAUGCCCCUGUCAGCAGCGGCCGCAUCUGUGUUCUUGUGUCCGAGGAGGACGAGGAGGCUUCAUUCGCGGACCGGAAGCACCGUGGGAAGUGUGUAAAAAACUUCCACUAUAUAUGCUCUGCUCACAAACUUGAUAUGGUUGAGCAAUUUUACUUCUGUUGUUUCUGAUGAAAUGUGUGGCUCAUCAGAGCUAUUCCACAAUUUUGUCCCCACUUGUACCUUUUUGCACUUUAUAUCUGUAGCUUCUUUCAAUUUUUUAAGACAUUGUUUUUUGUUUUUUAAGUCUUCACGUGUGCAAAAUUACUUCUGUGGUGAGCCGACAUCUGGUUAGCUUGACGAGUACUUCCUGACGGCUGAUGUCCUGGAGAACUAUGGACUUAUGUAGAAGAAAAAAACUAGAGUAUCUUCGGGCUAUAUCCCUGUUUGAUCUAUAAAUGUUCGGCAAAAUCACUUUUCUUAUCAAAACAUGUGGACAUUUGCUUAUAAGAUCACAGUUUUAGUACUCUCCUUGAGGGUGAUUUA